GGGUCGCUGUGUUUCUUUCCACGCUAAAAAAAACGGAGCAAGUUCGCGUUGAAAGCAAACCGGAGAACAAAAAUUCCGUCAAACCCCAGCUGUCAUGUUCAAACUGGAAGGACUCGGGCCUAAAAUGGACCCAGAGGAAAUGAAGAAGAAAAUGCGACAAGACGUCGUCUCAUCUUUACGAAACUUUCUUAUUUACGUCGCUCUCCUGAGAGCCACUCCUUAUGUAUUAAAGCAGCUGGACAGUAUCUAAGAAGGGCGUCUUCCCUCCAUCCCGAGGAUUUCCGACAGCAGAAGCUGUGUGGGACAUAUGUGGAGGAUGUUCAUCUUCACUAUUUGCAGGACAUUUAUUUUCAUUGUGUUCAUUAGUUGCUUGAUUUUGAUGAUAAAACCUGGUGCUCAUUUAGCAACACGUUAAAAGUAUGAAUUUCCAUGAUGUUGCCAUUAAAUGGAAGACUAUGUUGGCGUGAA